CAUUCUGCGUCACAGCAGUUAGCGCAGGCCUAAAAAGAGUGCUGACGAGUGGCCGCGUUUGUUGAUGUUGUCGCCUCUGAACUGACGAAAAAUUUCUAACAUGAGCCUGAGGGUGGUGCUGCCCCAGGGAAGACCCUUCAGGCGAAGGGUUUUUUCUACUGUCGCAGCUGCAGCGGACUCUAAACCUGCGGAAUGGUUAACGGCCAGACCUUUCGAAGAGAUUCCUGGACCUAAGAAGUUGCCUAUUAUUGGCACAAAAUAUAUGUUUCUGCCGGGCUUGCGGAAGUACGACUUUAGCGAUUUGACAGAGACUCACAGGGAAAUCAGGAAAGAUUACGGAGACAUUGUGCGCUUCUCCGGCUUGGAGCCGCGCAGGGACAUGGUGAUGAUCUACAACGCGGAUGACGUUGAGACCAUCUUCAGAAACGAAGGUAUCUGGCCCGAAAGACCCUCGCUGCGGUGCCUGAAAUACUUCCGGGAGGUUGUCAAGAAAGACUUCUUCAAGGGAGUGGGAGGAAUCCUGAAUGACCAAGGCGAGACGUGGCACAAAAGUCGAACCCUAGUCAAUCCUGUGAUGAUGCAGCCGAAAACGGCGAAGCAGUACGCAGCGGGCAUUGACCAAGUCGCCGAGGACUUCAUUUCAAAGAUCCCAGGGUUUAGGGACAGCAAAAGCGAAAUGCCAGAAGACUUCAAAAAUGAACUGCACAAGUGGGCCCUGGAAUCAAUCGCUUUAAUUGCCCUGGACACUCGCUUGGGCUGCCUGGACCCCAACUUGAAGGCGGACUCUGUGCCUCAAAGGAUGAUUGAGGCAAUUCACCAGCUCUUCCACGACAUGCACAUUUUGGAAGUCAAGAGCAUCGUUUGGACCAUGAUACCGACGCCGACCUUCAAGCGAUUUUUGAAAAAUGCUAGUCUGCUUCUUGACAUCAGCUACAAAUACGUCAUUGAAGCCGUGGAACGAAGCAAAAUCAAAAAGGGAGACGAAAGCACCAGCAGCGUGUUGGAAAAAUUCUUGGAAAGAGAUCCAAAUCCCACAAGAGCCAUCGUGAUGGCUCUUGACAUGCUCUUUGCCGGAGUUGACACGACAUCCCACGCCUUGACGAAUGUUUUGCUGCAUCUCUCCGAAAACAAAGACAAGCAGGAGCUGCUUUACCAGGAAAUGAGGAAGUUUCUGCCUGAGGUCAACACCCCUAUCACCUACGAGAUGCUAAGCGAUAUGAAAUAUUUGCAGGCUUGCAUCAAAGAAUCCAUGAGAAUUCAACCAGUAGCUCAAGGAAACGCGAGGACCACCCAUCAGGAGAUCGUCCUCUCCGGCUACAGGGUCCCGAAAAACGUUGACGUCGUCCUGGCGCAUGGAUUGUUGUCCUUGUUGGAAAAGUACUACCCGCAACCGAAAAAAUUUAUCCCUGAGAGGUGGAUUAGAGGCGGAGAACAGGCGGAAAAAAUGCACCCAUUCGUCACUUUGCCCUUCGGCCACGGCGCUAGAAAGUGCGUCGGCAUGAGGUUUGCUAAAAUGGAGCUGGAAAUGAUGCUUGCCAAGAUGAUCCGGCGUUACCACUGGGACUACAAAUAUGGGCCGAUGCGAUAUGAGACGACUUUGAUUACCGGACCGGCUGAUCCUUUGAAAUUUGCAGUUACCGAUCGGUGAGAUAAUUUCUGCUGAAGAAUCAAUAUGUUGCCUGAAAAAACGACCGGGUUUUUACAAACAAAAUGAAAAACCAAGUGCACCUGCUUUUCAAGAAAUUUUCGCUGUAUUAUUUACAAUUUGAUACAUAAAUUAUAUCCAUGGAGAAGGUGAACAUUCGAAUGAUGUACAUGAUAUGUUGAAAUCCAAAGAAACGGCGGUAAAAAUCAGAAUCGGUCAAGAGUAAAAGGUUCCACUCUGAGCAAUGUCAAUCGAAAAAAUAAGAUCAUUCCAGAGUCGAGGAAUAAAAUGCAAAAGAAACUGCCACAACUGUCUCGUAAAAUAAAUCUAAAAUCGCAAAAUAUGUACGAAAUUUAGAAAGGUACGGGCAACGUGCGAAUCACAAAUCUGAUUUUUAUACAUCUUGCCUUGAGAAUGACCGCUUGUUUACUAAAUUGUGCAACACUUUGAAUUUAUCACAUUCAUUUAAUCGAUAAGUUAAUUCUGUGAUAAGAAUUUAGCUCUUCUCGCACGCAACGGACUAUGUAUAUGUCAAUAAAAAAGAAUAAUAAUAAAA